AUGAAGCAAGUGGAUAAGUUCAUUUUUUUCUGCCUCCUGGUGGUUGUUAGUAUUUUAUUCAAGACUACAGAGGCACUUCCUGUGAGUGCCUCUGUAAGUUUGUUCUAUUUCAACAGCACUAGCAACAGGUCUGUGUCCGAGCAGUGCGAAUGUGGCCUGUAUGGAUUAAAUUCUCCUCUGCUUAGCGCUCGGGGGCUUGUGGGCAUUCCUAAAUCUGCUAAUCUUCAAGCCUGCGAUGCAAAUACCCGGUUCACCAUCACAAAACCACCGUGGAUAGCACUGAUUGAAAGAGGCAAUUGCAGUUUUGCUGAAAAAAUUAAGGUGGCAGCCAGAAGGGGUGCAAGAGCAGCUGUGAUCUACAAUGCGCUGGACAAAGGCAACGACACUGUCCUGAUGUCGCAUCUCGGUGCUGAAAGCAUCGUUGCAAUUAUGAUUGGCAACCUGAAAGGCAUGGAGAUCUUACACCGGAUUGAGAGUGGCAUGACAGUGACUAUGGUUAUUGAAGUGGGGAAAAAGCAUGGUCCUUGGAUGAAUCAAUACUCCAUCUUCUUCAUCUCGGUGUCGUUUUUCAUUGUCACAGCAGCAACCAUGGGCUACUUUAUUUUUUAUUCUGCUCGGAGACUCAGGAUUGCAAGGGCCCAGUCCAGGAAUCAGCAACAACUAAAGGCCAGGGCCAAGAAGGCCAUUGAACAGUUACAGCUCCGCACCCUGAAGCAAGGGGACAAGGAAACUGGUCCUGAUGGAGAUAGCUGUGUUGUGUGCAUUGAGCUGUACAAGCCGAACGAAGUAGUGCGCAUUCUGACUUGCAACCAUCUCUUCCACAAGAGCUGUAUUGAUCCCUGGCUUCUGGAACACAGGACAUGCCCGAUGUGCAAAUGUGACAUACUCAAAGUUUUGGGUGUUGAGGUGGAUGUAGAAGAAGGGGCUGAGUCUGUGCAAGCCACAGUAUCCAGUGGGACAUCAAAUGUCUCUACAGUUAAUGAAGAGGAUAAUCAUAGUGAAACAGCAUCAUCUGGAUAUGCUUCUGUACAAGGAGCAGAUGAAUCUGUUCUGGAGGAACAUGCACCAUCAGAAAAUGACAACAUGCAUCUUGUAAACAAUGAAUCCCAUCCCUCAGCUGUGAAUGUCCUUCCACACAUUGACAACCCAAGUUUUGAGGCAGAUGAAACACAAGUUCGUGAAGUCAGGUCCUAAGAGCGCGCCCAGCAACAUGGUGUAAGCCUUCUGCAAGGAGCUGCCUACUGCCAUCAUGUAUAUACCAAACAUUGCAAGA